AGUGAAUACGCCCCCGUGUAGUUUUGUAACACAGCGAUAAUGCAUUUACGCAAGUUCUAUAUCGAAAUGAUUAUGCGCAUUCUGGUGUUCAUACAUGCAGCAGAAACUACACCUUCAAAAGGGUGAGGAUCAUUCUACAAUUUGACAUUCAUACGUAACACCACCAGUCUCUAGCCGAGAUGACCCAGGUGCGAAGGUCGGUGGGAGAGGCGSUGUGGGGAAUGUGUGCCGCCGACGCCAUGUCCAUGCCCGUGCACUGGUACUACAACAUCGAUGACAUCAAGAGAGAUUUUGGAGGAUGGAUCACCGGCUUCAACGCACCCAACAACAGACACCCGUCCAGCAUCCUCACCCUCUCCAACUCAGCGGGGAGCGGUCGCACUGCAUGGUCCUCUGGUGGGAACAGGCCCCAUGUUGUGGGUAGCGUAAUCCUCCAUAACAAGCUCAAGUUCUGGAAGGCAUCAGGCGGAUCGGUCCACUAUCACCAAGGUCUCCAGGCAGGUGAGAAUACCCUGAAUGCCAUCUGCUCCCUGAGGGUGGCACAGGCCCUGACAAGGGGGAAGUUUUCCAGCGUGGCAGAACCAGCGGCGAGGGGGGCAGUGCUGGCUGAUUACGUACACUUCAUGACCACGCCAGGAACACAUGGAGACACCUACGCAGAGUCCUUCCACAGAGCAUUCUUCUCCGACUGGCAAGACCCCAGACCCACUUCCUCCAGCAAGGUGUUGGAGUUUGCAGAGCAGCGCUACCAGCAGAAGAUGUCAGUCCCGACAGCCAGCUAGACGCUAUUGGCUGCCUCCCAU